ACGGUGGAAGUGCAAUAGCUUGGCUGGAGAACAGUACCUUUUAGGAGGCGUGAUUGGGUUGCUGCUAGGGCCCAUUUAUCGACAUCAUGUACAGCAAAAAUGAAGCAUAUAUCUAACUUAUAGACUUGUCAGACAGUGUGGAGACGUCGAUCUCAAUCGAUCCCUCUUUAUAGGCUCGGUUAACACAACAAGGCGCGGAUCAGAUCUGCAGAAACUUCACUGUUCAGUCGACCAUCGGCCAACUUCUUGCCAUCUCUGCUCGCAAUUUGGCCGUCGCCUUUCAUCUGUCCUGUCUUAUGUAGAAUGUGAAUAAAAACUGGCCAUAAGUAAGCCGGUUGUCUAAGUAGGGGCCGAAUGGUAACUUCCUUUUCGGAGAACAAUAGAUGGUGUGACGGUGAGAAUUCCCAAGGGCUUCUCCCAUAUCCCACCCAAUAUGCUUCCUCGCCACCUCUUGCCAAUUACAUCACAAUCUCCCUGCUUGCUACACCCUUCUGCAUAGUCAAUCUGACUGCUUUUAUCUCUACCACGCCAACAAGUUUUCUACCCAAGCUAACCAGAAUGACUUCCCUCCGCAGAGUCGCACGAACCGUGUCGUCAAAAUUCAAAAGUUUGGCCGAUAGCUUUUCGAGCCUCUCUCUAGCCGAACAAAAUAUCAUCGACGCCACACCAGAGCCAUCGAAGGCCAAAACCCGGAAGGCCAAAGUCCACUCAUCGUCUCAAUCACGACGGCCCGCCGAUGUGGCGCGAGAGAGCAGAGACAGGUUCUCUACUCAAGACGCCUGCGCGCCUGCGCCACAAGUGGCACCCGCAACAGAACAUUCCCCUGCUACCAGUGAACCUCAACAUGGGUCACUAAAACAAAUCAAUGACUUACACCCAAGGGUGCCUCCACCCUCACGGUAUGCCAUGGCAGCACUCGGAACGACGUUGGAGAGGCGUUCGGAUGACCCUCUACCAUAUGUGCCUCCAGUGUUCACGCCACAUUGUCGACCGAAACCCAUUGAUGACUUCUCUGACGUCGCUGCUGCACUUGACGAGGUGGAGUUUUGUCCGACGGCGCCAUUGAGGGCAUCUGGCAAGACACCCCGGACACGACGGAAGACUCGCAAGUCGUCGUCGCCCUAUUCAAGACCAGAAUCUCGCAAAGAAGAGUCGGAGUCUUCUUCCAAGAAGAAAGGAAAGCUCGUAAUCAUUAUUCCGCCUCUACAUCGCAGAUCGCCACAACCUGGCACACCCGACGACACCACGCGAAGGAAGACUAGAUCGUCGACGAAGAAGACCACUCGACGUUCUAACGAAAAUAUGGCCCCUACUGAGGUCCAAGCUACUCCCUCUGCCCGACAACAGCCAGAAACACGCGAUAAAUCGCCCUCUUCGAUACGCGCAGUUGACCAGGCAUCGGGUACGAAUAAUCUCUCGACUACGGCCACCCAUGUAGAAGAAUCCAAGGUAUCUUACUCGUCCCAGGAGUUUCUGGACCGGUUCGAAGAAAGGAUCACAUCAAUCUCUGACCAGGCACCAUGGUUAAGUACGCCUCAGACCGUUCCUCCUGCCCCCACCAUCACUGAAUCAGAUAGAAAGGGAUAUGAGGCCGACUCGGAAUCUGGAGGCACUAUCCAACCAUCGUCAUCCGCCGUCCAACUAUCUUCGCCCACCUUCACCGUCGCUGUUGCCCCACCGCGCCACGUCCUUCCGUCCCCUACGAAGCGGACGAGGCGGACUCACUAUUUGUCGAAACAGAAGAGGAUCAUGUUGGGCCUCUCACGACACCGCCAUGCCUCCCCCACGAACCAACCAGGAAACCCCCUCGGUGAUUCCACUAGAGGGAGACUCAUGAAGACGAAGGCCUUCAUACGGCGAUGCGGAUUCAAAAAGCCCAACUCCUCAGUUCGAAGCCGGCUUCAUAGGUCUGGAGAUUUGUUCGUAUAUAACCUUAUGGCUAAGAUUCCCAACCGCCUGCUGAAUCCGAAAGAGAAGAGCUUAUUUCAGGGUGCCAUGCCUGUGCGACUUUCAACUCUACCUUGUGCCGUCGGCGUCGACCGCCUGGACUCGGAUGUCGACAUGGAAACCGCUAGUGAGGUGUCUGAAGUGCAGCAGUUCUAUGGACACCCCGCUCCUCACCUUCCUAUUCAGCGGUUGCUCUCGAAUGCAUCGAUGCGUUCCUCUUCCGACGACUUCGUAGGAGUCCCGUCAUUUCCAGCGUCAGAGGGAGGUGAUUUCUAUUGGAUGCGUGACGAAGAUGUAGCCAUGGAAGGUGAUGCCGUAGCGACUUCCAAUGACUGGGUCGCCAGAGCACCGAACGGUCCGGCUAUUGCAGUGUAGAGGGGUGGUUCUGAAGACAUCCCAUCUAACAUUACACAAGCCCACUCGUCCACGCAGGUCGCUUCUCAGGCUGUCAAGCCGUCAUCCUCGAGGGGAGCCUCAUCGGAAAAAAAAGGACACAGGACGACGAGUCAAUAAUACCGAGUAUCGUCG